CCCUCUUCCCCCUUUUCACAUUAUUCUUCCUGCCAUUAAUUGCCAGUUCUCAGCUUCGUUCGUUCUCAGCUAGCAGCUAUCCUGGUCCGGGGUCUCAACUCUCCAGGCAGCAUCGAUCUCCCACCUCUACUGACUACUGCCAUCCGUAUCCAUCCAGCAUCGAUCAACUUCUGAUCUCUGAAGACAGCCUACUGUCCCUCCUCUACUGACUACUGCAAUCCACACGAUGGCCCAGAAGGUGGUGCUCCGGGUGCCUACCAUGACCGACGACAGGACCAAGCAGAAAGCCAUGGAGGCCGUCGCCGACAUCUACGGUAUCGACUCGAUCGCGGCGGAUGUGCAGGAGAACAAGAUGACGGUGAUCGGCGACAUGGACACGGUGGCCAUCGCCAAGAAGCUGAAGAAGCUCGGCAAGAUCGACAUCAUCUCGGUGGGCCCCGCCAAGGAGGAGAAGAAGCCCGAGAAGAAACCGGAGGCGGCGGCUGGGAAGAAGGACGACGGCAAGAAAUCGGAUGCGGCGGCGGCGGCGGCGGGGAAGAAGGACGACAAGAAGUGAGGGUGAGCGAGGCCGUACGUGAGGAAGAAACCCUGCUGAACAAUAAGACGUUUUCAUUCAGCUUGGCACUGGGACUGCUGUCCUCAUUGCCGAAUUGAUCACCUUGUAUGCCAGGCUGUGCAUGCAUUUUACCAAUUGAACGACGAAAGAGAUCGAAGCGUUGUUAGACUUUGUCUCCA